AUGGAAGACUCAACCGAUGAUAUCCCAUACGAUACAAGGGCUGCAGGGUUUCAGUGCAGCAAUGCAAAAAAAGAAAAUGAUGGCUCAUUAUCUAAUAGGAAUGAACUCCAUUUUUUUUCUCCUGUCUCCACAGGAUUGAAAAAGCGUACAAGGAAAGCCUUUGGAAUACGGAAGAAAGAAAAGGAUACCGAUUCCACAGGAUCACCAGACCGAGAUGGAACUCCACCCAGUCCUCAUCCUCAUGAUCCAUUCUACAAUAGCAAACCAGAAUGUGCCCAGGAAGGCGGAAAAGCAGUUUUGAAGAGAACAAAUGGUGCUCCGAAUGGAUUUUAUUCAGAGAUUGACUGGGAAAGAUAUAAUUCACCUGAACUUGAUGAAGAAGGAUACAGCAUCAGACCAGAAGAACCAGGCUCUACCAAAGGAAAGCACUUUUAUUCUUCAAGUGAAUCUGAAGAGGAAGAGGAGGCACAUAAGAAAUUCAAUAUUAAGAUUAAACCUUUGCAAUCUAAAGACACUCUUAAGAGCGCGGCAACUGUUGAUGAACUGAAAGCUUCUAUAGGCAAUAUUGCACUUUCACCUUCACCAGUGAGAAAAAGUCCGAGACGCAGCCCGGGUACAGUUAAGAGGAACCUAUCUAGUGAAGAGAUAGCAAGACCCCGGCGUUCAACACCUACUCCAGAGCUUCUCAGCAAAAGAACUUCAGAAGAUGCUGCUGUCCUAGCACCAUUAUUUGGUCCACCCCUAGAAUCUGCAUUUGAAGAAGACAAAUUGGAAGGUCCCAUAGAUCAGUCUGAAGUUUGGGGUUCUGUGCAACCAGAGAACACAAGUGCAGAAUCUCCAAAUGCAUCACGACCUUUCCCAUCUGGAACACCUCCACCGCUUCCACCCAAAAACAUUCCUGCUACACCUCCCCAUGCUGGUUCCCCUUUAACAAUUGGAGUAGGAAAUGACCAGACAGCAACAGAGGUCAAAAGUGACAAACAACCAUCAAUCAAUGACUUGGACAACAUUUUUGGCCCAGUAUUAUCCCCCAAAUCUGUUGCUGAUAACGCAGAGGAUAAAUGGAUCAGUUUUUCUGAUCAGUCCCUGGAAAAUGUAACUUCAGAGGUGACUUCAAGGGAAAAAGUGGUGUCCCCACCUGUGGCAUCUGAAAUCCCAGAAGAGCCUCCAGAGGCUGAAGUCUCUCGCAAUGUUCCUUCUCCACUCAAUUUAGAAGAGGUUCAGAAGAAAGUUUCAGAGCAGACCCACGUUAAAGAUGAUAACUUAGCACCAGCAGCAUCUCCUAAAGAUUUUGGGGUGGGACAGAGAGCAACACCACCUCCCCCUCCACCUCCUACCUACAGGACAGUGGUGUCAUCACCCGGACCCAGCCCUGGCGGUGGCCCAGGAAGCACCAGUGGGUCAUCAUCACCUGCUCGCCCUGCGACCCCAUUGACAUCUUGCAGCAGCCCUACCCCACCACCACCACCACCUAGACCCCCAUCUCGUCCAAAGUUACCUCCGGGAAAGCCAGGUGUUGAUGUGUCCAGACCUUUCAGCCCUCCAAUUCAUUCAUCUAGUCCUCCUCCAAUAGCACCUUUAGCUCGUGCCGAAAGCACCUCUUCUAUUUCAUCUACCAAUUCCUUGAGUGCAGCUACUACUCCUACAAUUGAAAAUGAACAACCUUCUCUCGUCUGGUUUGACAGAGGAAAGUUUUAUUUGACUUUUGAAGGCUCUUCCAGAGGACCCAGCCCCUUAACAAUGGGUGCACAAGACACCCUCCCUGUAGCUGCAGCUUUCACUGAAACUGUGAAUGCAUACUUCAAAGGAGCCGAUCCUAACAAAUGUAUAGUAAAAAUUACCGGAGAAAUGGUGCUGUCAUUUCCUGCGGGAAUUACUAGACAUUUUGCCAAUAACCCCGCUCCAGCUGUUCUAACAUUUCGUGUGACAAAUUACAACAGAUUGGAACAUGUUUUGCCAAAUCCACAACUUCUUUGCUGUGACAGCACUCAUGCUGAUGCCAACACAAAGGAGUUCUGGGUAAACAUGCCAAAUUUGAUGACUCACUUGAAGAAAGUGUCUGAACAGAAACCACAAGCAACAUACUAUAAUGUGGAUAUGCUUAAAUACCAGGUAUCAACACAGGGUAUUCAAUCUACUCCACUGAAUCUUGCAGUGAACUGGCGGUGUGAACCCACAAGCACAGAUCUACGCAUUGACUACAAGUAUAAUAUAGAGGCAAUGACUACACCAGUAGCUUUAAACAAUGUACAGUUCCUUGUUCCUAUUGAUGGUGGAGUGACAAAACUACAAGCUGUGCUUCCACCUGCCAUUUGGAAUACUGAACAACAAAGGAUAUUGUGGAGAAUUCCUGAUAUUUCUCAAAAAUCUGAAAAUGGAGGGGUGGGUUCCUUGCUUGCACGAUUCCAGUUAUCUGAGGGACCAAGUAAACCUUCACCCCUGGUUGUGCAGUUCACCAGCGAAGGGAGCACUCUGUCCAGCUGUGAUAUUGAACUUGUUGGAUCUGGCUAUCGUUUUUCACUUUUAAAAAAGAGAUUUGCAGCAGGAAAGUACCUGGCAGAUAACUAA